UUCAACGUCCUCAACUGCCGCGCUCCGACGGAUGACCUGUCGUCAUGUGACGCCUUGCUGCGUUCAGACAUCUACCGCACGUUCCUGUCCGUCGCUGCUGCUCUGUCCUUGGUGGCAAACAUCGCAAGCACGGUCUACCGAUUGUUCUUCCAUAGAAGGACCGUUGCUCUCGGCUUUGACGUGUUUGUCACCAACCUAGCUCUGUCCGACACGCUGAUGGGCGUGUACCUAGCCAUGAUAGGCGUAGCGGAUCGAGUCUACUUGGGUGCAUACCUGUGGAAGGAGGAAGAAUGGAAAACUAGUUCAGUGUGCAAGUUCGCCGGCUUUCUGUCUAUGGUGUCCCGAGAGGUGUCGGCCAUACUUAUUUGCCUCAUUACCUUGGAUCGGUUCUUAGUUCUGCAUUUUCCGUUCCGCCGAGUGCAUUUUCGCAAGCGUUCUGCACUCGCAGCCUGCGCGAUAUCUUGGUUGGUUGGCAUCGUUAUUGCUGCAGUCCCGUUGUUGCCAGCCAUGGCGCACUGGCAGUUUUACAGCCAGACAGGAAUUUGCAUCCCACUUCCCAUCACGAGAAGCGACUUCCCCGGUCGAGGCUACUCCUUUGGUGUCAUCAUAGUUUUAAAUUUGGUCCUUUUCCUUCUGAUCGCCCUGGGCCAGGCUUUCAUCUUUUGGUCUGUCCGCACCAACAGCAUGUCGGCCUGCGACACUUCCAAGAAGAACAAGGACCUGACAGUCGCCCGUCGCCUUAUUUCAGUAGCAGUGUGCAACUUUCUCUGCUGGUUUCCCAUCGGUUUUCUUGGUGUGAUGGCGUCCAAUGGCAUGGCAGUGUCAGACGAGGUCAACGUGGCCAUGGCCAUCUUUGUCCUUCCUAUCAACUCUGCUCUUAACCCCUUUCUGUACACCGUUAACCUGCUGUUGGAGCGCAGAAGGCGCGUGCAAGAGGAACGAAUGAUGAAGCGCAUCAAACGCGAGAUGCUGAUGCCAGCAACAAAACAAGAAAGUCGUUUCAAUAAAAUCUCUGCUCAAGCCAAAGAUUCAUUUCGAGCAAAAUGUCAUCCUACAUAA